CCAAUCAGACGCGCCGUCUAGAAAUCAACAAGGAAGUCGUUUUAAGGCGCCAAUUUUUGUCUUGUCGCAGAAAUAGUUUAAUAGAAUAGUUUGUCUGUGUUUUCUGUUUACAACUGGCACUCACAUCGCUACAAUGACCGAAAACACGUUCCCCGUCUAUUCUGCGGAUGCGGUAGUCAAUUUUUACCGAACAGAAGUUCUGACUGGUCAAGAGGCAAAGCACUUCACCAAGAGCGACCUGACUCCCGUUCCCAAGCCAGAGGCAGUUCAAACGUUGUACAUGAGAGUGUUGCAUCUCCUCUAUCGUUUCAGACCCGAGUGCCACUCCAUGGUUCCACUUCUGGAGAACAUUCAGAACCCAGUAUAUCACGAGGGGGCAACUGCUAUCAUGAGCGUCUGCAUGCGCAUGCAGCAGUUUCUGCCAAUGUGCUUGGUGUACGACUUUUCACUGAAUGACCUUCUAGCUCCAAAAAAACAGAAGACUCUGACUAUUCUGAGUGCCAUCAUGAACUUUCUCCACUUCAGGAAGCAGAGGAUGACCAUUAUCUUGGAGAAGCAGGCCAAAUAUAGGGCAGACAUGGACAGGCUGCAGGUUUACGUUAAGGGCAGUUCAGAAGCAAUGAGGAAGAUUAAGACGCUGACGACCAUCCCGCCAGAGCAGCAGGCUGAGGCGGACGAGCUGGCUGCUGCUCUCGCUGAGCUGCAGGUCGCCACCACGCAUGAAUCCCACGAAGUGAAUGCGAUAAAGGAAAGCAUCGCAGAGUGGAAAACCAGAAUUGCAGAGAAGACUCAGAAACUGGCCCAGGUGAAGGUGGACGUCAGCAACCUAAAAGAAGAAAUCGGUAAACUCAAGUCUCAGAUUGUGGAGUCUCCAGAAGAGCUGAAGAGUCAGAUGGAGAAGAUGAGGGAAAACGUCAAGAACAUCAAGAACUCCAUGGAAGAAACGGACGAGUGUUUGGUGGAGCUGCAGAACUUGGUUCAGAGUGUGACCCACGCGGAGGCUGAGAUCCAGCAGAUGUACAACCUGCUGCAGGACCUGGAGAGCAGCAUGAACAACACCAAGCAGUGGCAGGACGAGCACCAGGAGCUGACAGCUCAGUAUGAGAAGAAGCAGAAGGAGCUGAAGAACCUGAUCGCCGAGGAGGGCCAGUUGAAGCGAGCGCUGGGCAGGAAGCAGGACAAAGAGUCCAAAGUGAACAUGCGCAAGCAGAAGACGAGAGAGACGAAGGAGCAGUAUGUUCAACAAGUGCUGGGGGACUGUAACCAAAUCCAUCAGAAGCGCGAGGAGAUAGCAGACAAAAUCCAGGAGAUCUCCAGAGAGACGCAGCAGCUGAAGACCAAGAUCCAGAGCCUGAGAGACGUCUCCAGCAAAGAGACGGAGAAAGCUCAGGCUGUGUACGACACCCUGUCAUCCUCACUGGACGAGCUGCACCGGAGAAUUGACAUGGACACCUUGAACCUGAUGCAAGGUCUCACCAAGAUGUCUACAUGAUGUCAAAUGGAUCAUUUGUACAUUUUGUAAUAGUUAACUUACUGUGUGGUAUUAUGCGUUUCUACUCUUCUAACCUUUUUGUUGCCUUUUUCAUUUAAAAUGUAUUAAAGUUGUAUAUCCGUUAUUAAAUCGGAUCAGUCCAGACUGUGUAGCUCAAAGGCUUCCAUACUUUCCCUUUCCAUGCUUCAGAAUGAGCAAAUAUGACGUCUUGUAUUCAAAAAUGUCCAGACCGUAGCCAUAUGUUAACGUUGUUGCACUACUGUGGCCCAGAGAUUGGAAAUCAUUAGUUCUGUGAUCAGCCCUGAGUCAACCUGCUGCUUAAAAACUCCCUAACCCCUAGUAGUCCUGUACAAAGAGACACCUACAGAUAUAGCCUGGUACUUAAUGCAGCUGGUGGUCACACCACAUACUGACUUUAACUUUGGAUUUGGACCAUCAUUUGUUCAGGGACACAUUUCGGUUAGUCACAUGUCUGUGAAACGUUAAGUUAUUAGUAGUUGAAUCUUUUCAUGUUCAUACAAAGUUUUACGCAUGUUAACUUGGCUGAAAAUAAAAGCAGUUGAAAGUGA